UCUUAAAAACUGGCUAAGAGAGAAACAGGAACUCUUUCGGCCGGUUUCAAUAACGGGACCGGAUCUGUGCAGCUCGGUUCCGCCCCUGUUCUCUUUCACGUCCGCAGUUCCCACAUAUAGGCGCCGUUUCCUCCUUCUGAGCCACAUUGUCGCUUCAGGCUUUUCUUGAACGAUACCAACAUGAGCGGCAGAGGAAAAGGAGGCAAAGGUCUCGGUAAAGGAGGCGCCAAGCGGCACCGUAAAGUUCUCCGCGAUAACAUCCAGGGAAUCACCAAGCCCGCUAUCCGCCGUCUGGCUCGCCGCGGGGGAGUCAAGCGGAUCUCCGGUCUCAUCUACGAGGAGACCCGCGGUGUGCUCAAGGUCUUCCUGGAGAACGUCAUCCGUGACGCCGUCACGUACACCGAGCACGCCAAGAGGAAGACCGUCACCGCCAUGGACGUGGUGUACGCUCUGAAGAGGCAGGGCCGCACUCUGUACGGCUUCGGGGGUUAAACUGAUUCUUUACAUAAAUAAA